UUUUGUCUCUGUGUCUCCAAAGCUGCAGCAGUUCAGAUGAUUUUACCUUCAGAACCAAAGAGCAGAGAAGAUUUUCUGCAGUAUUUCUGUUAUCUGACUCUGGAUCCAAACACAGCACAUCCUGAUCUCAUUCUGUCUGAGGAGAACAGAGUGGUGACACGGAGUAAGACACAACAGCAAUACUCUGAUCAUCCAGAGAGAUUUGACUUCUGGCCUCAGGUGUUGUGUAAGGAGAGUGUGUGUGGACGCUGUUACUGGGAGGUGGAGAGGAGAGGUGUUGUGUACAUAUCAGUGUCAUAUAAAGAGAUCAGCAGGAAAGGAUGGAGUUAUAAGUGUUUGUUUGGACAAAACAGUCAGUCUUGGAGUCUGGAGUUUUAUUCUUCCUCUGUCUCUUUCUGGAACAGCAAUAUUUAUACUGAUCUCCAAGGUCCAUCACCCUCCAGAAUAGGAGUGUAUGUGGAUCACAGUGCAGGAACUCUGUCCUUCUACAGCGUCUCUGACACCAUGAGGCUCCUCCACAGAGUCCACACCACAUUCAAUCAGCCUCUAUAUGCUGGAGUCAGGAUGUUACGUUUUAACUCAUAUGUGAGGUUUUGUGAUCCAAAAUAAAAAGUUAGUAAAAGUGUUUAUAAAAACUAUAAGUGAGAUGUUAGAUUCAAUUCGUCCCUGAGCUACACUGGACAUUUUGUGUGCAGAAACUGGAACAGUAAUGAAUGCAGAAUGUAGAAACAGACUAUUUAACUGUAUGCACUAUUAGGAUGGGUUUAUUAUAGUUGAAAUAAAAAUGUUCAAUGUCUCCUCAGAAAUAAUAAACUUUACUCAUACUG